CUCGGCCACGCCAACUACAAGGCGACCUACCUUGUCGCUCGUGGCGCUCGCCAAAACGGUACGCCCGUUAACAUCUCCUCUGCCCCUCCCAAAUGUGACGCCUGCAUCCUUGGCAAACAGACCCGGCGGGCUGUUCCCAAGUCACGGGAGGGUGUGCGGAGUAAGGAGAAGGGCGAGGCGUUCUUCGUGGACGCCGCGGGUACUCAGAACGUUCGAUCGGCUACUGGCAAUACGUGUCCUCUCGAUAUCAUAGAUGACUGCACUUCUUAUGGAUGGUCUUUCCCCGUCGCAUCUAAGGCCGACUGCGGCCCGAAGCUCAAGGCGUUCAUCAUCGCUCGC